AUGUUUAAUAAAUUUACUUUUAAUAUUAUUUUUUGUUUUUUAUUAUUUAAUUUUGUAUUUGGACAAAGGGAUUUCCCUGCUGUUCAUCCAAGGUAUAAAGGAAUUAUUUUGUGUUACAAAAAUAUUUUUUUCAAAAAAAGAUCUUUAUUGCUUACAAGUAACAGUAAAAACGGGGAACCUUCAUUUGAACAAAGAGUUAAAGCUUUCCCUGCAAGAACAACAACAAACAAAACUCCAUUAUUUUCACGAUCAACUUUUAAAUUAUUUAAUAAUCCAACAUCAACAACAACAGGAAAACCAGCAUUUACUGGAAAACCGGGUUGUCAAGUAGAUAUUGUUCUUUUAAUUGAUAUGUCUGGAGGGGCUGUAGACAAAAGAGAAAAGUAUUUAGCUUUAGCUUCUGAUUUAGUUAGACAAUUAGAUAUUGGAGUAUAUUCGGCACAAGUUGCUUUGGUUCGUUAUUCGGGUAAAGGCAGGACAGACACAGUUUUUCGAUUAAAAAAUAGGCACAAUCAAACAUCAUUAAUUAAUGAAUUAUCACAAAUUCAAGCCUUAGGAGGGACAACACGAACAAAAGAAGCGAUGUUACACGCUAAAAGGGAAUUUGAGAAGAAAUUUGGGGGACGUGAAAAGGCUGAUAAAAUAAUGAUUGUAUUUACUGACGGAUAUAGUCAAGAUGAUCCUUCAGAUAUUGCAGCAGAUUUUAGAAAAGAAAAAAUUCAUGUAUAUGCUGUUGCUGUGGAAGAUGAGGAAUUAAAACCUAAUGAAGAGCAAUUAAAAGUUAUUGCCAGUGAUCCACAAUCUGUAGUGAUUGGAACUGCACAAUUUGCUAAUCUUAAACAAAAAGUGGCACAACCACGUUGUCGACAGUAG